GAUGCAAUAGAAACAGGUUUUGCUGGAUUUCCAAGCUUCCCUAAAUGCUGUGGACUAAAUUUGUUAGGCACACUUUCAGAGUAAGUUUCACCAUGGUUUGUGGUCCCCACUCUGCUGAAAAUGACCAUCAAAAACUUUCAAAUCGAAUAUGACGCCAUCAACAGCAAGAACAUUUUCACAAAUGGAGACACUAUCAAUGGACGGAUCAUCCUGGAAGCCUCUAAAGAAACGAGAAUCCAGUCACUUGCUUUUAUUGCCAAAGGAAAAGCUCGGGUUCAAUUUAGCGAACAUUACGGGCUAUUGGGAAAAGUCAACCCAGAAAUUUCAGAGGACUACUCGUAUAAACAGAAAUAUUACCGAAUGAAGCAGCAUAUCUUGAAAGAAACAAGACAAAAUGAGAGAGAAAUUAUUGGGAAAGGACGACACGUAUUUCCUUUCAGUUUUAGGAUCCCGGAAAGAAGAUUGCCUUCAUCCUUCUCCUCAAUAUUUGGCCAAAUUAUUCACACCUUAAAAGCCACACUUAAACAGUCAAUGGUGCCAGCGAAAAAAGCUAAAACCCACUUCACAUUUGUCUCCAAAGCAGAGAUGAAUUUACCAGGGAUCACGGUUCCUCAACAUAAAAGCAAGGAGAGAAAUAUUGCUUUAAGCUCUGGAAUAGUUUUAUUGGAUGUCUACACAAGGCAGAUGGGAUACAAAGCUGGUGAUGACCUCCGUGUCACAACUAAAAUCACCAAUCUUUCAAAUCGUUCAGUCAACGCCAGAUUUGUACUGGACAAGAAAAAGACGUACAAUGGAGGAGACUAUCUAAAAGUUGAAAAGCACAACAUCCUUCAGGAAAAAGCUGGUGCUGUUAAGUCAUGGGGUGGCACAGAAGUCGUGACAAAGGUGUUUACCAUCCCCAGAGAUCUACCUCCAUCCAUUUUGGUUUGUCCUAUCAUCAAGCUGGAGUAUAGGCUGAAGGUAUAUCUUGACAUCACAUUUGCUUCAAAGAUGGUGCUUAAACUCCCCAUCGUCAUCUUGCCUGAGCUGUCAGAUGAAAAUCUCUUACCUCCUUCCAGUGGCUUCAGAUAUGAAGAGAUUGGAACCUCGUAUGAUCCUGCCUGGAUCACUGGACCACAGCCUAUUGAUCCUCCACCCCCAUAUGAAGCAGCUGCAUUGUACCCCUUGUUCCCUUCUUCAGAUUAUACAACUGCGUUUUAAACGGCUGCUUUACCGGGAGAUGCAGGGAUGUUUGGAUGAUGGAGACGCAGGACUGUCAAACUAGUCUUCUUCACUUUAACACUUAUGCAUUGACAGCCGUCCAUGCCGGUUCCUGCAUAUGUAAGCAAAAGCGCAUUGUUUCGAAAUAUUUACAUUUUCCUAGACACUGUUUUUUUUUAAAUAUGGUCCCAUAUGAAGGCAGCAACAGUGUUACAUUUUUUGUUACAUUUCUUACAUCCACAAAUAUGAAUAACCUUAAAACACCAAGAUUAUGAUGUUCCAGGGUCUAUAUGACCCGUUCUGCUGUGUCGCACCUUGCUCAGUGCUAUCCCUCCAUCCAUCCUCUAACCUGAUAUCUUGAAGUUCUCAGAUCUAGCCACUAAAUGCUACCUUUGACAAAGUGGAGCACCUUCUUAUCAGGACUUAGAUGAUGCUGAGGGAUUAGAAUUUCUGCUAAACAAAGGUUCGUUUCAUUUCGAAAGACAAAGCUUUCCAGACGACACUCAAAUCUAACUGGGUUUAAGAACAAAGGAGUUUCAACCUUUGUAGGUCCAUUUGGAUAAAAUCUAACAGCUGGCUUUCAAUCUGGUUUGCAGUGAACAUAACAUAUUCUUUUUUUAUAUUAUAGUAAUUACACUAGAGGCCAUGCUGACACAAAAUGCCUCUAUUGCUCUUGCAAACAUGCUGGAAUUUUCUAAGUGUAAGGGCAGAGAGCUGUAGCAGAACUUUUAUAAAGCUGACAUUGACAAAAUGAGAUUAAAAAGGUAGGUCCUAGAUCAGGGGUGUGCAAAGUGUGGCCCAGGGGCCAUUGGUGUUCCUUGGAAAAAAAAUGUGUGGCCUCCAACCACAAUUCAAGAAUAUCUUUUUUUAUUAAAGGUAGUGUGCAAUUUUUCCAAGAGUUUCACUAAGUCCCUUUUUGAGUAACUACACAUGCGCAAGACCCUCUUACCUGGUCUUCUGCUCCUCAAGGUGUGAAAAAAAUCUCACGAAUUUGAGGGACAGAGGAGAGUGAAAGCAGGACCAAAACUCUUUUGCAGGCCUGUAAAAAGGUUUUACAGGCCUGCAUCUCUCACAGACAUCGAUUAUUCUAACUUCCUAUUUCUGAAUACAUGAUAUAUUAUCUACUGUAAGGAUGGAAGGAAAAAAACAAAAACAUUUUCUGAACAGGAUUACCAACUAUAGCUUUAAGGCAAACAUCACAGACCCCUUUUUCACAACUAAAAUUAUUUUAAGUGCAGUUUGAAAUAUUGCAGGGUUAUCUUAUGGCUCAGCAGGUUAAAAAGAAACAAAUGCAUUAUUAAAUCAUUGUGAAUUUAUAAUUAAGAAAACAAUGACUCCAGAGUACUUUCAAUAGGCCAAUUUUGUCCCUGUGGUAAAACGUUUGGACACCACUGCUCUAGCUUAGGUUGGAAAAUGAUAUUCUCUAAAAUGUUCAGCAAUCUAAACUCAAAAACGGAGGUAAAGCACUUUAGCUGUAGAUGCUUUAUUUCCACUGUUUAAUUACUAUAAAGGGCCUCAUUUGUCACUCACAGUUUGGAAUAAAAAUCAAAACAUUGUUUUUCUGUUUUCAAUUAGAAUUUUGUUGGUCACUUUAAAACUGUUUAUCAUUUUUUUAAAUUUAUUUAUUAAUUUUACUAUAUUAUAUUUAACCCAAUUUUUACCAAAUUGUUGUAUUGUAUUGCUUUGUAUUGCUCUUGGUUUGAUUACAUUUAUGUUACACCCUUGUAAUUUAAUGAGUUUUGUAAAUAAAAAGACAUUCUUAAAUUGA